AUGAAAGAUUCUAAAGACGACGGCACCUCGGUUAUUCCCCGCAAAAUCAUCAAGCUUAGCCGUGAGGAGCUCGAAGCUGAAGACAGUGGAGCUCUUGUAGAGAAGGUUCUAUCACUGACUGAUCAACUCAGUCAAGUAACGGAACUAGCAAAAACGUUAAAAAGGCGUGAAACCCAAAAUCGUUUGCAAUAUCUUCAGAAAGAUAAGGAGGUCAAGGAUCUCAUUAAGGAGCGCAAUGAUGCCUACUACAGUGGAGUCAGCACGGGUCCUGCUCAAAGGGAUCAACUCCUCGAUCCGUUCUUUUAUGAAGCUUUCAUUGCAAUGAAAGAAAAAAUAGCUAGCAAAGACAAGGAAAUCGCUACUUUGAAGGAGACCGUCAAAGCCCUCGAGAGUGGCAAGGACACUAAAAUUCUGUACCAGUUCUUGGAGUCAAAGAAUGCGGCUAUAAAAAAAUUACGAGAAUACGAAAAGGGUGCUCGGAAAGUUGGACACCUGGAGAAUCGGCUUGCGUUAGCACACGCAGCCCUCCGCGCCAUCAGAAAGGAAAAGAAAGAACACGCUCAUGAAAUCACUGAAAGAGAUGAGAAAAUCGCAGAAUUGGAAAAGGAACUGUUCCACCUUCGCAAUGAUGUGACUGAGGAGGCUGUAUCGGAGCCUACUGAGUUGGAACCGGAGGAGGAGGUCAAAGCAGAAGUUGAAGUUGAAGUGGAAGCGGAUGCUAACCAAGAAGAACAGAAACCAGUAAUCGAGGAAGAGGAAGACGACGAUGUCGUUGUGUUGGACGAUAGCAGUGGUGUUGAUGUGGAUGUGUCGGUGUUGCACCGAAGCGGAGACGAAAGCGUUGUUGAAGGAAGUUCCACAUCUGGCGAAGAACGAUGUGUGUCGGUAGGCGAGAAUGGAGUGCUCAAGAUCACGGUCUGA